AUGUUGUACAUAGUGAAUGAACAUAAUGUAGUUGCGACUGCCGAAAGUGGUGGCGACUUCCCUCGUAUCUCAAACGCCGAGCUUCAGACCUCACUUCGUCAACAAUAUUCUCUCAUCGCCACUCGUAAACAGACACAUCAUCGCCGCAGCAUGGCACCAAGCAUAUCGAAGCGCGAAAACAUCCGCUGGCUUCCCGAAAAACCCAGCGAACCAACGACCACGAUCGUCGUGACAUCUCCCGAAAACCGCUUCGUGGAUAUCCGCAUGCUCAACGCAGUCCCAGAUGUCGCACCAGGCGUCCAGUCCUUCACCGCCCUCGACUGGGCCUUCGCCGGCACAUCCUCCUCCACCAUCAUCCCACCAAGAUCCACGGACGAAAGCCCCACCAUGCACUCAACCUGGACGCACUGGAUCGACUCAAGAUAUACAAACGUGGAGAACGUGACAGAUGAAGGCGACAUGUUCCCGCUCACCGACAACCGCACUCUCGAGAAAGGCAGCAUGCUCAAUCCUGACACGGGCAAGGUCACCGAGUACGAGGAAGUCUGGAACGACGAGAAAGUUGAGUCGCAACGGGAGGAUGGCAAGGUUGAUGUUGUUGUGUUGGUGCUUGAUGGGUAUGAGGGGAAGGCGACGGGGAUGGUGGUUAGGGUUGGGCAGUGGUGUCAGGGGGUUAUGAGGGUUGGGGAUAACCAUGUGGUGGUUGAGAGGUGGGGGUGGGAGGCGAAGAUGGGGUGGAGGAGGGAGGUGAGGUUGGGGGAUAUGUGGAUGCCGACUGGGGUGGCGAUGGAGGCGAAGGAUUUGGUGAUGGGUGGCAAGGUGGUGCUUGGGGAUUAUGAGUGGAGGGUUGUGGAGUUGAGUGCGGCGUGA